AUGGAAUGUUUCCAUUCCAAAAGACAUCGCAUUGAAGCGCCUCCUUGCCAGAAACACAAACCUGAACGAAGAAGAAGCACUGAAAAGGAUAGAUUCUCAGAUAACAGACGAAGAGAGGUCUGAACACUCAAACUUUGUUAUUGAUGGAAGUCUUCCUUCCCAAGAGAAGAAAGAUAUCCUUGCAAACAAGCUUCAAGAGUACCAAGAGCUCUUUGAACUCAAAGACGCAGUUUAGCAUCCUGAAUCAAAAUCACCAAUCUUAACAAUAUUUAA